UUUUUUUUUCUUCUUCUUCUUCAAAAGAAGGAAUUCACAAUGCCAGCACAACAAGUACCACAUACCAUGGGUUUACCUGACUUUAAACAAAUGGUGCUUUAUACUGGGAAUGUCAUGCGUACAAGACUUAUCAAUCGAACAAAAGCACACCAAAAGAUGUCAAAUACAGAGCUUAUAGAUGCUAUUGAUGAUACUAUCAAGACUUCUUUACAAGGUCAAGAUGCUCCAUCUUUUCGAUAUUUCUCAGAUGAAUCUUUAUUGGAAGUUCCUGAUCUCCGACACAACAGUAUUAUUUCCAUUGAUGAUCGUGAUGAAGUAGAAGUGACAGCCAAACUCUUUUCUACCAAUGGUACUUUAUACCCUACUGAUGUUGAUAACUCUAUCUUAUUAUUACAAAGACUUUUGGGUGUAUCAUCAAUUGAUUCCUUCGUUUUAUCCUCAUCGUCACCAAUCACUGCUAAUAAGACAUGGAAGUCUUUGGAAAAUUACUAUACUCAAGGUGUCAUCAAUAAAUUGGGUGUCUCGGAUCUUUCGGAACAAGAGUUGAUCAGUGUAUUGGAUAAUCCGGAAUUUGAAGUGAAACCAUCUAUGAAUCAAGUUAAUUACAGUUGUUGUGAUAUUCCUGCAUCUAUGAUCAAACUAGCAAAACAAUAUGGUGUUGAUUUGGUAUAUACACUGGAUUCCAAAGAUAUCUUGACGAAACAAGAACUGACUCAAAUAUUACAAACAACUGGUGUUAUCAAUACAAAAAAAUCUAUGUCUCCACGAUGGGUACUCAAAUAUGAUGUAUUUGUAAAGAAUCGUAGUGUGGUAGCUGAUAAAGGAUAUAUUAUCACUGGUGACAUAGAAAUCUCACCCUCUUCAUGAUGUAAUUUUUUUUUUUUGUACCUUUAUCUACUCUAUAUAUUUUACUGUUUUAUCUUCGUCCCAUAUAAUCAUAUUUUAUAUACACUCUAUUCAAUUACACUUCAUGAACAACUAGUCAGUUUUUAUUUAUUUAUAAUUUUUUUUUCAUCUUUACAUAUACAUUCAAAUAAAUAUCAUCAUACCAUCAUUACUAUUUU